CCGCCAUUGAAGGCUUCACCUGCAAACUUUCAAAGAACGUCUCGUCUUCUGAAGGACUUCCCAAGCCGCUCGUGGAUUACUCACAUUUCAAGCGCGAGUCCCACUCCAGGUCAAUGUCAAUGUGUCUCCUCCCUCGAGACGGGCUGUUAUAAACGCAUGCUCACCUCCCCUCCCCUUCUUCCGUGACUUUUGACACCCCCGGUGCGGUGGAAGCAACGUUUGGACGAGCAUGUCCCCUGCGCUGGCCAGGUCGGCUCCCAGCGAGCUCAACCACUGGUGGAGUCAGCUCAAGUUUCGCCUUCACCACAAGAAAGGAUGGAACCAGAUGCUGGACGAGACCUUCCUGUUGCACACCAAGUGCGUGAGCGACAUUCCUCUUUUCUACGCGGCAAAGAAGAACAGCGCGGGCUGCAUCAAGAAGCUGCUCGGCUGUUCUUCCACCAACAUUUUUGAGAGAGGCGCCCUGGGCGAGACGGCGCUCCACGUGGCCGCCAUGAACAACAAUCUGGACGCGGCGGUGGCCCUUAUGGACGGUGCCCCUGAACUCAUCAAUGAGCCCAUGACCUCCGACCUCUUCCAAGGUGUCACACCUCUCCACAUUGCUGUGGUGAAUCAAAACUUCGACCUGGUCCAUCAACUGGUUAGCCGCGGGGCGGACGUGGCUACGCCCAGAGUCACGGGCCUGUACUUCAGAAAGAGGAUCGGUGGACUCCUCUACUGCGGUGAGCACAUACUUUCUUUUGCUGCAUGCGCCGGCAAUGAGGACAUCAUCUCCAUGAUCAUCGAUGCGGGGGCCAGCACCAGGGUCCAAGACUAUCGCGGCAACACGGUGCUUCACAUUUUAGUCCUGCAGCCCAACAAGACAAUCGCGUGCCAAGCUAUUGACCUAAUAAUGGCCCGCGAUGCAGAGCUGGACCAGUCGGUACCGCUCGACAUGGUGCCCAACUCCCGAGGCCUGACGCCUUUUAAACUGGCAGCCAAAGAGGGAAACUCUGUGGUCUUUCAGCACCUGGUGAACAAAAGGCGUUUGGUCCAGUGGGGUCUGGGACCUUUGACCUCUCACCUCUACGAUCUGAGCGAGAUUGACUCAUGGGCCGACAACAUGUCAGUGCUGGAGCUCAUUGUGGGGAGCCCACAGAAAGAGGCCAGGAGAAUACUGGAGGUGACCCCUGUGAGGCAGCUGGUCAGCCUCAAGUGGAACCUAUACGGAAAACAUUACUUCAGACUCCUGAUGGUUUUCUACCUGCUCUACAUUGGGAUGUUCACAUUGUGCUGCAUAUUUCGCCCCCUAAAGGAUGCUCCGGAGAACUACACGUUAUCAGAUAUGGACAGAACGAUCCGAGUCCAGAAGACGCUCCGUGAGAGUUACGUGACACACUCGGACACCCUGCGUCUGGUCGGGGAGAUCAUCAGUGUCCUGGGAGCUUUGGUUAUCCUGUUGCUGGAAAUUCCGGACAUCCUGAGGGUGGGAGCGAAGCGCUACUUUGGUCAGACGGCACUCGGCGGCCCCUUCCACGUGAUCCUUGUCAGCUACGCUUGCCUGGUGGUGCUGCUGUGUGUGUUCAGAGCGUGCAGUGUGCAGGGCGAAGCCGAGGUCAUGGCCGUGUGUUUGGUGCUGGGCUGGACCAACGUCAUGUUCUUCGCGCGCGGCUUUGAAAUUCUCGGCCCGUACGUCAUUAUGAUCCAGAAGAUUAUAUUUGGAGACCUGACCAAGUUUAUGUGGCUGAGUGUCAUUGUACUUCUUGGUUUUUCAACUUCCCUGUGGAUGGUGUACAUGACUCAGGAGCCAGACACCAUCCCGGCGUAUCGCUCCUUCCCCAUCACGCUCUUCUCGCAGUUUGAGCUGACCGUGGGCCUCAUCGACCUGCCGGUGGACCACACCUUCAUCACGCCGCCGAUCGUGCACGUGCUGCACUGCGCCUUCUCGGUGGUGUCCUGCAUCCUUCUGCUCAACCUGCUGAUCGCCAUGAUGAGCGACACCCACUGGCAGGUGGCCCAGGAGAGAGACGAGCUCUGGAGGACUCAGGUGGUGGCAACGACGCUGAUGCUGGAGAGGAGGCUGCCCCGCUGCCUCUGGCCUCGCCUCGGAGUGUGUGGGCUCAGCUACGGCCUGACCGAGCGCUGGUAUCUCCGAGUCGAGGACAGGAACGACCCCUUGAUGCAGAAGAUGCGGCGAUACAUUCAAGUGUUUGCUCGGGAGGAUGAAAAGGGGGAGAUGGAGGGAACCCAAAAGGCCGCUGCCAACCUCAAGGUCAGACAGAGGAAUCGGCGAUCCAUUUCCGGCUGGAAGUUGAUUCGUCAGAGCGCUUUGGGUGCCGACGUGGAGGUGGAGGAGGACGAGCAAGACAUCCAUUUUGUCUAAACGGAGCCGGUGAAUGACUUCAUGAUCUAUCUUUUGAUCUUUGCGUGAAAAUUGUGGCUUUUUUUUUUGCGCUGUGGAAAAGGAGUGUCUGAUAUUGCAACAUAUAAAGUGGGAAUAUAUCUUAAGAGGGAAGAAAGUUCUGCACAAAUUAUUUAUUUGACAAUCAACCUUUAUUGAAGCAAAAAUCAGAGUGAAUCGCACUACCCACUACAUAAAGGCACUUGUAAUUGUACUUUAAAAUUGAUACAGCAGUCACUGACUGGUCAUCCGAAACUUUAUUCAGUCAAGCCACAUAUUGUACAUUUAAAAAAAAAAAUAA